CUUCAGCAGUGCAGCUGGGCUGCGAGGGGGGCGUGCCGCACGGAUCGUCUGCUCUUCAAUGGGCUUCUCCUUUAUGUUGUUUGAAACGCUUUUUAAAUGAAGUUUUAAAGCACGUCGGAAAAACUGCACUUGUUCCAACUAAAGCAAAGCAAAUUGUAUCUGGCGUUUUGGAAAAAUACAACGUUUUUCCAAUGAAUUGCACCAGGGUUCUCCAUAUCCUGAACCCAAGGCCAAUGCCAAGUCCAAUUAUGCCUGUGGAUGUGGCAAUGAGAAUCUGUCUGGCACACUCGCCGCCUCUUCACAGUUUCCUCAGUUCAUAUGAGGACUACAAGUCCAGGAUCCUGGUCAACCAGUCCAGACCUCUGAAAUCCUGCAUCAGCUCCAGGACAGAAGUGGACACCGCCAACUUAGAAUGGAAGAGUACCAAAACCAAGGCCAAAAAGAAAGUGUUUUUUGCCGAUUCCAAAGGCAUGUCAUUAACGGCGGUCCAUGUGUUCAAGGAAUUUGAGGAAGACGUAUUAGACCUGCAGUUUGAGUUAUCAGACCUAGAGAAUGCCAUUGUUGGCAUGAAGUUCGAGAAUGAUAAGAGUUUUGCUUUGGACUUCCCUCAGCCCGCUGCAGACUAUUUAGAAUUUAGAAAUCGUCUAAAGAAGAACCUGGUGUGUUUAGAAAACUGUAUAAUUCAAGAGCGUUUGCUCACAGGCACAGUGAAAGUUUCCAAUCUAAGUUUUGAGAAGGCCGUCACUGUGCGAAUAACAUUUGACUCGUGGAAAAGUUACACUGACAUUCCUUGCACUUUUAUGAAUAACGUUUAUGGUUGUGAAGACGUUGACACUUUCUCAUUUUCUAUUGACCUGCCAAGUUUUGUGCACCAGGAUGAGCAGGUAGAGUUCUGCAUAUCCUACAGAACUCAUGAAAUGACACACUGGGACAGUAAUGAUGGGAAGAAUUACAAGUUGGUACAUGCUGAGAAUGAGCACGGUCAGUACAACCAUGUUGUGCAGAAGACGACAUAUUUUAAGAAUCAAGCUAAACGGCCAGAAAUGGAGUUUGAUCAGUUUGGAAGCCCGAGGACAUCCAGUGGCUUUUUCCCCGAGUGGCAGAGCCAGGGCCAUAUCGGGAACAACACCCCCUACUGGUAAAACUUCAAGGCACCAAUGAACUGAUGUCAUUUUGGUUAAAGCACAUGAAAGUGGGCAAAUGAGGACCUGAUUCUUUUCAGAGCUGAUCUGAUUUUCUGCAUAUUUAAAAAAGUCAAACAAGUCAAUUUUUUUAUGAUAUUAACAAAACAAAGGGCCUUUUUAGCCAUGAAAUUAUUUUUUAUGCUUCCGGAGAUACACGCUUAGAUGUAGCGCUCUAAAAGAAUGCAAAAUUUUAGACUAACUAUGAUAACACUAAAUGAUGGCAAUUAUUGAAAUGAAAAAAUAAUUUUAUUUUGUAGCACUUUAUACUAUUUUCUAGAUUGCGGUAAACCAGUUUUCGGAACAUAGAUGCCUUCCUAUGUGAUUUUAUUUUAUUUUUAGUUUAACUGUAAUAUAGUGGAAUCAUUUUUAAUAUUAACAAACAUCCUUGUUUAAAGUAAAACAACUAGUGCUUGCACCCCUUUUUUUAUUCACUGUACUAUUUUGAUAUCUUGAAGGAUACUAAUUUUGAUGAAAAGCAUCAGUUUUACUUCUGAAGACACUGAAUUUUGGGAAUACUGCUUGAGAAAUGUGACCGGUUGCAGAAGAUUACAUUUUACAAUCUGUGAAACAAUAAAUGCAGUGCUGGUAUCUCUAAUUCUUAAGGAUGACUUAAAUUAUUAAAAUUAUUAAAAUUUAAGUCAUCCUUAAGAAUAAGAGAAACCAGCACUGCAUUUGUUUUUUCACAGAUUGUAAAAUGUAAUCUUCUGGUAUGAUAUGAGAUUGCUUCAUAUUGAAGUUGUGUAUCUCAUUUCAUACUACCACUUCAUUGAUCACUUUCUUACAAGUGCAGUAAGCAUGAUGCACUAUAAGGAAGUCUGUGAGAAAUAAUAAUGCCCGUUAAGUGCAAAAUUCCUGAACUUCCAUAUUUUCCUAUGUCUGUUCUGCUUUUUAAAAGCUGCACUCUCAGUGUCUUUUCCUACAACAUAUUGCUGCUAUGGGUUUGUGAGUGCCUGUGUUUUUUGCUUCGUGGUUUAUGACGUGUGUGGAGAUUUUCAGUGUGAUCGGACUAUAAACAAUGAGUGACUUUGGAUAUAGCUUGGGAAUUAAUGGUAGGUGAGGAAAUGUGGCAGAGAAAUAUAAUAUAAAACAAGAUUGUUUGUCGCCUUUUUUCAUGCUUUUUGUGCUGCAAAAGCAAAGCAGGUUGAGGUUGAUAGAUGAAAGUGAUUGUGAACUGUGAUGAACUUUGCUAGCUGCUGUAAUUGUUAAGAGAGUUAAUGUAGGUUGAAUGUAAAAAUGGUUCUCACAAACAUGGUGUACACCUAAAUAUUAUUUCCUACUGCACAGAGAGUUGUUUGUUCAGAAGCAAGCUGUACUGUACUCUGUUUCUUUUAGAAAUAAAACCUAAUGUUUCUUAAAGAGC